ACUAUUUUAUAUGUUGAUUACAAUGACUAUGAACUCACAACUUUUUAUAAUAGUGGAUUAACAACGGGGCAAUUAAUUACAGAAUAUUUACGAUCAACCAAUACCUACGCGUCUAAACAUAGUAUGCUUGGUAUACACUCGUCAACUAACUUAUCUCAUAAGGAUGACGAUGACUUACCAUCAGCGACUACUCUAGGGAAUGAAUCGACUAGUGACAAAUUUGGAUAUAGCGAAGCAGAAGCUAGAGAUUUU